AGUUUCAUUGCUAGUUGCCGCGCCCCAGUGUCAUGGGUUUGGCUAUUGUGAAGGCACCAGGGCCUAAGACAAGAGUGUUGGAGCCUUUGCGCCCUUUGGCCAAAUUCACUCCUCAUAUGCCUACACCUAUUCACCAUGGGCAUACAGAGGCAACCUCCGCUGUGCUUUGCAUGUUCUUUUUCGCCGCCGGUUUGGAGAAGCGCAGGCGAAGGAAGAGACAGACGGGUUUGCCUAAGACGAUCGCGCGAACUCACAAUGAUGGAAGCCUGAAGUUAACCCAAAUGGCUCAGGAUGUCAUCGGCAACAGUCCGCUGAACGUCUUCGAGAACGACAGUGGCAGCACCGGCGUCGCAGUGUUGCCAAAUCCAACAGUCAAUGAGUCGAAGGUGCAACGGGAUGUGAUCGGUGCUUUUCUCCUUGGCCCCAUCGCGUUACCCGCUUGGCAUGUUUUGCCAGUCUUCCUCGACCUCAAGAUUGCAGCAGACCCCGCGUUGCCUGGAUUAACCCAAGACACUCUUCCAAUCGCAACAACGGCCAUCUUUGUGGGCUGGCUGGCAAGUGCCACGAUCUUAGACAAAGCGCUUGAAGUGUUUGACCAGAAGCAGCUCCUUGUGCUGCACGUCAUUGGUCUCUUGGUGGUUGUCCUGGCAACUGUGACUCUACCGUAUUUGACGGCGGGGAAUCUGAUUGUCUUCACGGCUAUCAGGUUUAUCUAUGGUCUUUUGAUGAACAUCACAGCUCUUCAGUGCAUCUACAUACAAGAGCGGAUUCCCAAAGAUCAAGGCAAUCAAGUGCUUGUCCUGGUCAGCAUCACAUACUGUCUUGUCACCAUCCUGAUGGCUUGGUCAUGCAGCGGACUCACUUUGGCGAUGGACUGGAGAUUGGAAACUCUGUUUUGGUGCAGCGCACCCCUAAUCUUGGCUCUUGCUGUUGGUUUUCCUGAUAGCUGGAAGAUUGUGCAGUCGCUCCCGGUGGCCGUCCGCAAAAAGCUCCGCAACAUUCAGAAACCUUCAGUGGCAGAAGUUGAAAGCGGCGAACGUAAAAACCUGACCUUUGCAGAGAACAGAAACAUGGCAGCGUUGGCUGUUGCAUUUCUCGCUUGUGGCUGCGGCUUCUACGGUCUAACCUACUCAGCUGGACAACUCUCUCCUGACAUUUACAUGAGCUGUAUGCUUUUGCAUGGUGGUGACAUUCUUGGCUACUUGCUGGCUCUCACAGCAGACAAAUACGGAAGGAACAAGGUCCAGGCGUUUUGCUUCUUCGCAGCUUGCAUAUGCUUAAUGCUUUGCAGCACAGGGGAGCCCGGAACUCCCUUCGUGCUAUCAUUUGCGGUGGUCGGGCGCUUGUGUUUGGACGUGUGCUUCACGACUAUCUAUGUGGCUUUGGCCCAGAUCUUUGCUGGUCGCGCUUCGAAGGUUGCCUUCACCACAUGUGAGACUACAGCACGGUUGGGUGGAAUCAUUGCUCCCUUAAGUGGAACAUGGCCCGCAUCGGUAUCCUGUCCGCUCUUUGCCAGCUUUUGCCUAGCGGCAGCUUGCUGUACAAUGGCAUUGUCUGAGGGUGCCGCGGAUGUCAACGCUGGGAAUGAUGAAAAAGCACAGUUUUCAAAGGGAAACAACGAGAGCAGUGACCUGGCCUUGGUGAAUGAAGAGACACAAUUGUUUACAAACGUUGUGGCUUGACAGACCACAGCAGAGACACAUGGUCAGUCCUCGUGUCUAAGAUGUACUCGUAUUUGAAUUCGAUUAAUGCCCCUUCGGAUUGACGCAGUUUGAUGUUGUUGGAACUAGCUAGCCGCUAGGUUUCGUUGGCUUCGUUAGCCUAGCAUGAGGGGCAUAACCUAUCUGUUUUAGGACGCAUCCAAUGAGUCUUGAUCUUGGAUGUGUCGCUGCCACUUUUUCCUUGUUUUGCGAAUCCUCAUUCAUGAACUGGCCAUGAUUGCCAAGCAAUGCUGGUGCCGGGAAACGUGGUUGGCUGUCAUUGUGCAGCUCGGAAAAGACCGCGUGAUUUGAUUCGAUGUUGCUAACGUGAUUGUGGGAUAUUUCGGGGGCAAAUGAUUGACCGCAUUGACCUGCCACAACCAUGAAAACUUUUGAUG